AUGCAUUCGUGUGGCUGGAUUGAAGCUCGCGGAAGUUCUAAUCCGGCUGGCAGCCCAUCACGGACGCAGGCCAGCAAGGUCGCUCGCAACAUCCAUGCCAAUCAAAACUCCAUUUCCGAGCAGUGCUACCUGGUCAAAGAAAACUCGGCUUUGACCAAGACGGAUUUGCGACGGCGUGUUGCACUGCGCAAGCCGUUGCCUGAGCGUUUGGCGCUUACCUUUCCAACAAUUGAGGAGGGUCAGCCCCAGGAUGCAAGGUUGAUGAACUUCAACAUUGCAGGGCAAACUGUCGAUGUCUCGUUGUAUGGCUGUGACGGCACCGUCAAAAUGCUGGAGAAACAUUCAUCGCUCUGGCGUGUACUUUUUUCGGACUGCGACUUGGUGGUGCCGGGCACCUUGAUUCAGAUGUAUGACACAACGCCCAACAUCCAGGCACCUGACUCUGCAGAGGUCACGGGCGAAGUGAAAACAAGUGUCCUGCAGAGCUCCGAAGAGGUGGGCGAUGGAGACCUUGCUUGGAAUGGCAUGGAUGGCUUUAGCCCUGCAAAUUGCCCGCGAGAGUUCGACGGUGUGCACGUGACUUACAGGGUUUGGAGCUGUCAAGGAGCUUCAGGCGCUUGCAACUUGCUGCAGGAAGCGGAGGAUCCGGACGCGCUGGUGUGCGAGUUCGGCAGCCUGAAGAAAGGCAUCAUGCAGAUGGUCCCCGGCGAGACUCGCAGGUUUUGGAUCCCGCAGGAUGCCCAGGACCGUCGCUUUGGGCGUCCUCCCCCAGAUCGAUCCUUGCCAAUGGGCGACUUGGUUGUGGACCUCACUCUGCUGGACAUCAAGAGUGAAGCAGUGUUCACCUACAAGCUCUCAGACGAGUCCAUCAAGUUGGGCGAGAUUCGCGAGAAGAGUCCUGCGGUUGUAGCGCAGAGAGCCCUGGGCGUUGGCAUUCAGCUCUGGACCUGGGCGAUGGUAUACUCCUCGUACCAAGAGGCCCCGCAGGCCGGGCUGCCCGAGUCGGCCGGGCUUCCGAAGUGCUCCGUGCACUGGCAGCCGGCCUGGCUGGAAGUACGCUUUUGGGAGGCAAGUACUGGCCGGCAGAAGGCAUGGGACGACGCCGACGGUGAUGACGACCUCUGGGAGACCAUCCGAGGGCCUCCGCCUGGGCAGAUCAAUUCUUUUGUUCCAGGGGCAAGCCUGCAGGAUGCGAAGAUCUUCGCAGCAACGCGCACCAUGGCGGUAGCUCCAUGGUCUGAGGAUGUCACACCGAAGCCUAUAUUUGCUGUUUCUGAUGGCACUGGACAAGUGGCGAACAUGGUUGCGGAGAUGGCCUUCAGACAGUUUGGCGAUGUCACCAAGUCUAUUGUGGAAGUGAUUCCAGGUAUCCAGACUGAAGAUGACGUAAAGCGGGCGGUUGAGAAGGCUGCCGAUCUGGCGCCGGAAGAAUCGCUGGCCAUUGAGCAAGCUGGGGCAAUGCUCAUCUACUCAUUGGCAGACAAAGGCAUGGGUGAGUUUCUCGUCAAGGAGUGUGGCCAGCAGGGUGUGCCGUGUAUCAAUUCUAUGGAAGCUGUACUGCUUGCCAUUGAGAAUCGCCUGCAGCUGUCGCGAGGUUCCAAGAGCACGCCUGGAGCUCCAUGCAGUACGCUCUUUGCGGUGUCAGAUUCUUCUGCGGACUUGCCAUAUCUGAUGGCGUGCAAGGCGCUGAAGCAGUUUCCCAACGCAGAUGUGGAGAACAUGACACUUUGCCCACGCGUGCAAACACUGCAGGAAAUCGAUCACAUUGUUCAGAAGGCUUUGGCCCAAAACAGUGUGAUCAUCUAUACCUUAGCAUCCCCCGGCAUGAGUCGCUUCUUGCGGCAACAGUGCGAGCGAGCGAAGGUGCCGUAUGCAGAUGCCUUUCAGCCAGUUGUCAUCGCCUUGGAAAGGUACUUGGACUAUCCUCCUGUAGGUGUGCCUGGGGGGCACUACUCGAAGAGAGACGAGCUGCCAGCAGAGUCGCUCGAGAGAGCCUGGAAGGAGCUGCCAAUCGAGUGA